AUGAAAAAUAUUACCUGCUCAACAAUCGGUGAAAUAUUGAGUUAAAUAUCAAAUACUAACAGUCAAUUAUAUGGGCUUGACUCACCUACCAAUUUAAAAUAUUGCUCUUUUUAAUCUCAAUUUUUUAGACUCAUCACUUUUUCAGAUUUUGAAUAGAAAAUUACAAACCCACUAUAUUAGGCUGAAAUUGCUACUAGCCAAUCAGAAAUUAAUGAAGUCUUUUUACCUGUAUGCUAUGCUUAUUCAAUACUGAGAAUAUUUAUGGUUAUUUCAGUUGCAUUUUAUGUUAGACAAAAGAUGAAAGAUAUUUUUGAUUAGUCUUAAAAAAAGUUCACAGAUGAGAAAUAAUCCGAACUUGAUUUCUAUAAGUGGAUGAUAAAAGUUUCAUUAUAUGUUGAGAUUAUUUGUGCUUUAGUAAUAAUUAAUAUAUCGUUUAGAGAGAUUUCCUAUUAUUUAAAGGUACAAUUCUUUACUCAAAUGUGAUGAAUACCUUGACAAUAAAUUGUUACAUUGACAUUUAUAAUUAAGGAAAUAUUUCAUGUAAUUAGACAUAUGAAAAUAACUGGAGAAGCUUUAGCUAUACACGAGAAGAUUGCAAUUGCCUUUACUUCUAGCCAAAAGAUCAAAAUUUUUAUAUGAUAAGUUCAAUAGUUUUUUGGAUAAUCACUGAAUCAAUAACUUAAGGUUUAGUUGGUUUCACAGUUUUAAUCCUGAGUAGAUUAAAUAAAAAAGAAUCAUCUGGAUGGAAUUUUAUUAAACCUAGCUUUAUUAGAUUUAUUGUUACUACAAUAUUUAUGAUGUUUUUGUAUGCUGUUCUUAUAUUUGCAUGCAACAUGCAAAUUUAUUAUAGAUUUUAUAGUUUAAGUGUGGUUAGCUAUUAUUUGUUAUAGAAGUGUGUGGUUUUUUUAAUAAUUUUUGAUAAAUUGUAUAGUAAAGUAUGGUUGGAAUUAAAAUUGAGAUUGCCAACAUUGCAUUCAAGCGGAAUUGCAUGGUCAAAAACCUUAAACAUAUUAAAAAAAAGAAUUCAGAAACCUGUUGAGCCAUCUGAAUAAAUAAAAGAAAAAUACCAAUAAAAAUACAGAUUGCAAUAUGAAUAAACAUUAGAAAAAUAUUUUGAUGACGCCAUCUAACCAAAUUUGGAUAGAUAUGAAAGGGAAUAUAAUGCAAAAAUGAAAACUUAAUGGUAUGAUUAUUUGAAUUAUAUUUUAUUAAUCAAUCUAAUAGGGAUAAUUGGAUAUAUCUUUAUUGCUUCUUUUGGUUUAUUUCAGGAAGAAAGAGAUAGCUAAUAGAAACAUGUUAAAAAUGGUUAUUUGUUUUGGAUAGGGUUUAUAUUAGCACUUGUGGAAUUGAUUGUCUUUGAGGUUUCUAAUGUUGUUUUUUAAUUACAUUGUUUUUUAAUUGAGCUUUAUAAAUAAUGUGAAGAAGAGCGUAGUGCAAUUGAUACAAAUUAAUAAGAAAGUGGAAUGAUAACUUUAUUCAAUUGA